GAAGAAGCUUUUGUGAAACGUCAUGUGUAAUUCCAGCAAGUAACAAUAGGAGUUUGGUUGCAGUUUAGAUGCAGUUUUAAUGCAAUGGACUUAGGAUUAACACAAUGAACUUAUGGAUCAAAACUUGGAGUCGACAAAUGAAAAUAUAGAUCCAAGGCCAUAUAUCAAUAUAUUGCAUUUUAAAAUAAGUUGCUAUCAAGCCAGAUGAACAGUAAUCCACGAUGCCUCGCAAUGCAGUGUAUGUUAUAAUUCUAACUUGUGGUAUGGUUUAUCUUUUUAUAAUAUAUCAUUUCAGUAAAGGGACCCAUAGGCCAUCAAUGAUGGGUUCAAAACCAAAGGAGAACCCACGACCAACAACGUGUGAAGAACUUACAAGGAAGCUGCCCAAGACUGUUCCAAAGCAAAAUCACUCGCAACCAAAAGAGUUCUUUGAUUUAUCACACAACAAUUUUGCCUACUUAGAUGACAUCAGAUAUAUUCAUUCUCCAAAGGAUUUAUGCAAAAGAAAUUCAGGGAAAGAGAAACUUAUUCUGAUUGUUAUCAUGACAGAUACUUUAGAUAGUGGUCAUAUCUUCAGGAGGGCUAUAAGAGCCACAUGGGCAAAUAUAACAGAACACAAUGGCUGGUCUAUAAGAACUGCCUUCAUACUUGGAAUAUCACUAAAUGCUGACAGAAUGGCAAACAUUUCACACGAAAGUCACCAAUACAGAGAUAUAAUUCAAGGAAGUUUUAGUGAUGGCUACAAUAAUUUGACUAGCAAAACAAUGACAGGUUACCGAUGGGCCCAGCAAUUUUGUCAACAUGCUUCGCUUAUCAUGCGGGCCACCCAUGACACAGUAGUGAAUAUCCCUCAAUUUGUACAAAUAUCGGGAGAGUUGUUUGAUUCAGAGGUAACUAGAAUUUACUUAGGUGAAAUCUAUAGGAAUAUCACACAUUAUAAAACAGGAAAAUGGACGUUUAAGUGCUCCAUUGAAUGGCCCAAUGAAAUAUUCUCGCCAUAUGCGGCAGGUUCAGGCUUUGCUGUCUCCAUGGAUUUAGCUAUUGAGCUGAAUGCUAUGUUCUGUAGGACUCCAUUCAUUUUCCCAGAUGAUAACUAUAUUGGAGAAUUGGUUGAUGUUUUAGGUAUAAAGCCAUACCCUUCGAUCAAUUUCCAACAGUUUUAUAUCUUCAAUACAAUGAAAUUUGGCAGAGUAAAAAAGAGACAUAUAGUAGUUCAUUUUUUAAGGUGGGAUUCAAAAGAAGUUGAAGAACAUCCUGAAUCUCUAUACAAGCAAAUCGAAAUGGUAAAUCAUGCCUUAAUGCAUAAUAACAAAUAAACAAGUGCACGGAGUUUGUUGAAUCACACGUAAGCAAAGGUGGGGUGAUGGGGGUCGGAACCUGAGAUUACUUAUAUAAAAGGAAAAAUCACAAUCAAUAUGGUAAAGCCGUAAUAUGACGUAACGUAU